GAAAAUUGUUUACAAUUUUAUACUACCACAAAUACCACCCAUGACAAUAAAGAGUGCGGAAAAGUUGCUGCACAAUAUCCUACUCCAAAUACCAAAACGGUUUUUAAAAAGUUUCAUCAAAAACUAUCUCCCCCUGUGGUCAUUUAUGCUGAUAUCGAAGCUGUAUUGGAAAGUUUUCAUAGGAAUCUGAAUGAUCCCUUAAAAUCAUCUACCACUAUGGCUCAGAAGCAUACGGCAUGUGCAGUGUCAUUUUAUGUUGUACAUAACUAUAAUCAUCAUUUAAAUGAGAUGUGGACAUAUGAAGGACCAGAUUGUAUCGAUCAAUUCUGCCAAGUGCUUCGAUCGAAAACCAUGGGACUUUAUGAGAAGUACUGGUUAUCCGCUAAAAAACCAAUCUACGAGUUCAACAUUUGGGAUGAGGACUAUCAGGAACAUGGAGAGUGCUAUGCCUGUGAUGAGCCCAUUUCGACUGACGACCGGGAGAAGUUUUUUAACCAAUUCACAGGCCAAUAUGUAGGUCCUAUUCAUAAGGUUUGUAAGCAAACAUUUAAACUAAGCGAUCCUUUUUUUUCCGGUAGUUUUUCAUAACUUGUCUCGUUAUGAUAUUCAUUUAUUUGUAACAUCAAUAAAAGAUGAACUUAAGCCCAUACCGUGUAACAAAGAGUUAUACAUUGCGCUAACUCAAAUUGUUGAGAUUGAUUUUUCAAAUCAUCAACAUUAUAAAAUAAGAUACAUAGAUUCAAAUAGAUUUUUAAAUUCGAGCUUAGAAAAACUUGCUAGUUAUAUGGAUCCAUCAAAUUUUAAAAUUUUAAAAACAAGUAUCAAGGGGAAAAAUUUGAUAUGCUAAGGCGAAAAGGAGUAUUUCCAUAUGAAUAUUUAGAUAGCUUUAACAAAUUUGAUGAACCCCAACUACCUUCGAGAGAAU